UGUAAACAUGGCAGACUGCAGAUGAUGACUGCAUAUGUAAUGACUUUUGUGUCCCUGUCAAGCUGUUUGGGUACUUCUCAACAACUGUAAUUGGAAACACAGAAAGGAUAAAAACUUAUACAUCAACACAUUAAAUAAAAAGAGGAAGCAUAGCUUCAAACCCAAAGUGUUCCAAAAUGUCUAGACACGGCUAUUCUGGCUCCAACUAUGACAAAUAUGUGGAAAGAACUGAGACAUCUACUCUUCAUAAGAUGAAAGAGACAUUCUGGACGACAAAACAGGCAGUCAUACAAAAGCUGGGCAAAAAGGAGGAUGAGCAUGUGGUUGCUUCAGAUGCACAGCUGGACUCAAAACUUGAGGUGUUUAGAGCAAUACAGAAAUCCUCCAUGGAACUUCUUCGUGUAAUAGAGAAGUACCAGGACAGGCUUUGUGCCCUGUCACAGGAUGAGAAUGGAAUGGGUCGUUUCUUGAAGUCACAAAGUAACAUUGACAAGACGAGGGCUGGUAAAAUGAUGGCUGCUGUCGGCAAAUCUCAAAGCUUUGCAGCUCAACAAAGGCUUUCAUUACGUGUUCCAUUAGUUCGUCUUUACCAGGAAGUGGAAACCUUUCGGUACCGUGCCAUUUCGGAUACGUUGAUGACGAUUAACAGGAUGGAGGGUGCACGGACAGAAUAUAGGGGCGCGCUCUUGUGGAUGAAAGCAGUUUCGGAGGAACUCGACCCUGAUACAUUUAAACAAUUAGAAAAAUUUAGGAAGGUACAAGGACAGGUGAGAAAGACUAAGGCACGGUUUGACAAGCUUAAGUUAGAUGUGAUGCAGAAAGUAGAUCUACUAGCAGCCAGUCGAUGUAACAUGUUCUCACAUGUCCUAGCUAACUAUCAGUCAACACUGCUCCAUUUCUGGGAGAAAACUUCUCGCACCCUGUCCGCCGUCGCUGAGAGCUUCAAAGGCUAUCAGCAUUACGAAUUCAGUAUCAUCAAGGAAUUAGCAGAACCCAGUAAACGUUUGGAGAAUUCCUCGCGUCUGGAGCCUGCGGAACGUGACACGGACGAAGAGUUUGAUCCCACAGCUGAUUUAGAGCAAGUCAGUGAAGAUGAAACAACUGACCGUAGUCCGGUGCUGAAACCGUCCUGUUUGACCGAUGACACAGGCCAGGAUUGUUCUGAUGAUAAAGACACUCAGGCCGAACCAGCUCAGGAAAUACCGAAAAUUCCCGCCCCUAAUCAUCAUACAUCCAUCCAUGAUAGACUUGAUCCUGAUCAGCAGGAACUAGAUAACCUAAUAGACUUACAGGUCGAUUCAGAUAGUGACAGGCUGUUGUCACUGGAGGAUGAGAGUGUCGGAGAGGACGAUAAACCACAGACUGGCAGUCUACAGAACCUGUAUGAAGGCGAGUCAGACAAUACAGACGAAAAACGACUAGAAGGCAAGACAGACAUACAAGACGAUGGCCAGACUUUCAUGGAUUUUGGGGACCUUGUAGAUGAUUCUCAAGAAGACUUUGAUUUUAGUGGAAAAAUUUUAUCAUUACAACAGAAGCAUCCCAUGUCAAAACUGGAUAAAAGUAAACAGGACUUACUCUGUGAUGAUAUUGAACAGGAGGAGGUCGAGAAGGAUGACAUGACAAUUCUCAACGAGAUAUUAAAUGCCCCAUCAACAGGGGGUGACGACUUCACGCGGGAAUGGCAGGCGGUUUUCGGAAAUGUGCCACUGUCUUCAGGGACGACGUACACACCCGUGGAAAGUGACCAACCAGCUCAGCCCGCCGAGUUCAUGCCGUCAAAUCUUCUCGACCUCAGCAAGCACAUCAGUAAUCAGUCUAGUGUAUCAACUAAUGCAGGAACACAAAGCUCCAAACAUAACAGUGCUUCCGGUCAGGAUCUACAGCAAUCAAAACCUAAAGGGGCUAGUAAAAAGGGUGAGAAGAAAGACAUGUCAGCUUGGUUCAACUUAUUCGCUGACCUUGACCCUCUGUCUAAUCCGGACGCAGUCGGUAGAUCAGCUGACGACAUGACUGAUGCCCAAAUGUAGAAAUGUUCAAUUUUGUUCUCUGUACCAUAUUAGUAAGAUUCAAUCUGAUGAAAAUGUUGAUGAUUUCCUACCGUCAUUAGUGACCAAGUGGAAAUUAUUGAUUCAAGGACAAUGUACGGAGCUACUUUUCUAAAUUUGAAGAUUCUGUUAAUAUAAUGAGAAUUUAAUUUCAAGUUUAAGAUCUAGACAAUGUUACCAAUGUCUAUAGCUUUAUGACAUUGGUUCAGGUACAUGUAGGUUCAUUCUCAGACUAGGUUCAUUCCCAGACUUGGAGACACUUUUUGGUUUCCGUAAGAUACAGAUGAAUGUGAUUAUCCACAGAAAAUGUAUUCGGGUGAUAAUUUAGAAACAGUUGUCUUACGUAAAAGUCUGACUAUUCUUAAAAUAGCCUUUCUGAUAUUACAAUGAUUAAAGUCUGUUAGUGUGUUAUACAAAGUACAAUCAAUAUGAGUGUCAAAUGACCAAUUCAUUGUACACAGUGAUUAAAUUACUUAAAACUUGUCUAUAACAAAUUCCAUCGGACCAAAGGAAAUUUUCUGUUAUAUCCAAAAUUUAAGAUUAAGAAAGCUGAUCCAAAGUUGAUGGUUUUAGUUUAUUUCCUCUUAGGAAAGUUUUACGGUUUCCCGUAGUUUGAUUCUUGUACUAAACUCUCUAACACAUCCUGACAAGAUCUUCUAUAUAUUUCAAAACUUUUUCAAUUUAAGAUCUGAGAAACUGAUCAUGAAACUAAUGUAUCUUAGAAAUUCCUGUUGAAUCUUGUUUUUAUCGAACACUAGGGACCUAAUUCAAUAGUUAUCGACAAUAUUUACAAAAAAUGAUGUUUGGAAAUAAUUGUGUCAAAACAAUACAAUGUAUUGACACAAUUAUUUCCAAACCUCAUUUUUCAUAUUUAGAAUUCGGUCUUGCAUCUGUAGAUUCAAUAUAUAGUAGUUACUGUGUCCAUCAGGCCAUGCAGGUUUGUUUCCAAAGAUUAUACCAAUAACCAGAAUUGUUCAUUUUUUGAAAUUCCAUAAUUAAAAAGUGCACUGUUUUAUAUAUAUUAUAAAUGUGGAUGUGCAAUAUAGAUUAAGAAUAUUUCAAAAAAGUGUUGGGGAUAGGAGGAAGUCCUAAAGUGAAUUUUUUUUUAUGGUGGUGCA